AUGCCGAGAUCAAACAUACUCACACAAAGACAAGAAACAGAAUUAAAUAAAUCAAUUAUUCAAUAUCUUGAACCAAUAUGUUCUGAAAAUGAAUCAAAUAAAUCGUUAUUAAAUCAAUUAUCAAAUUUAUUAUUAAAUGAAACCACCACAUCCAACACAUCCACAACUAAUGAAAUUAUAGAUCAUUAUUUGGAAAAAAAAUGGUCAAGUGUAAUACGGCUUCAAAAAAAAAUAUUAGAUCUUGAAAAUGAAUUAUCAAAUAUAAGAAGUAUAAUGGAUAUGGAUAAUAACAAUCAUCAAAAUGAUCCUAAAAAGUCAAUACUUAGUAAAGAUAGAAUCAAUUGGAUCCCUAUAAGUUCACAACAACAAUUUGAAACUUCAUCUAUAAUAAAUUCAGUAAAAUUACAUCCAAAUUUACCUUUAAUUUAUGCAGGUUGUUCAGAUGGUUCAAUUUAUAUAUAUAAUUUUGCAAGUGAUGAAUUUGCAAUACCUGAAAAAAUCUUAAAAGCUCAUACUAGAAGUUGUAAUAAAUUGGCCUUAUCAUAUAAUCAAAUUGAUAUAAAUAAAGAUCAAGAUUUUAAAUUUAUAUUAGCAUCUUGUUCUUCAGAUUUAGUUAUAAAAUUAUAUGAUGCUAAAACUUUUCAACAUUUGCGAACUUUAAAAGGUCAUGAACAUACAAUAUCAUCUUUAAAAUUUUCACAAAAUUCAAAUUAUUUAUAUUCUGCUUCUAGAGAUAAAACAGUAAAGAUAUGGAACGUAAUUGAUGGAACUUGUAUUAAAAGUUUUAUUGGUCAUAGUGAAUGGGUAAGAGAUUUAGAUUUAAGUUUCAGUACUGAAUUUGAUGAAUUUGUAUUGAGUUGUUCAAAUGAUCAAAGUGGUAGAUUAACUCAUUCACAAUCAGGAACUGGAGUAGCUAUGAUGAUUGGUCAUUCUCAUGUAAUUGAAUGUAUUAAAUUUUUACCAACUAUAACUAAUUCAAUAAUUGAUAAAUAUUUAAAAGAAAAUUCGGAUAUGUUUCCUACGGUGCCGUUAGAGUUAGUGACUAACAAGCAUUAUGAAAAAUUUGGUUUUAAAUAUUGUAUUACUGGUAGUAGAGAUAAUACUAUCAAAAUUUGGUUAAUUCCACCACCAUCUAUUUUACCAGGUAGAAAUCCAAUGCCUUCCAAAUAUAAUCAAGCUCAAGCAUGGUUAAUCUCUACUUUAGUUGGUCAUCAAUCUUGGGUUAAAACAUUAGAAGUGCAUCCAAAUGGACGAUAUAUUAUAAGUGGUUCAGACGAUAAAACAAUAAAAAUUUGGGAUUUAAACGGGUUGAAUAAUAGUGGGAAAAUUGGAGUUAUUCGAUCAUUAAGUAAUAAUGAAGGAUUUUUAAAUGAUUUAGAUUUUGCAAGAUUAAGUAAAAGUAAAAAAAAUGAACAAAGAUUAAAAACCAAUGAAGAAAUUAUAAAAGAUAUAGAAUUAAGAAUGAGAUGUAUAUUAGUUAGUGGGGGUACAGAUAAUGUAAUUAGAUUAUGGAAGUAA